AUGCUAAUCGUGAAUCCUAAUAAACCCCUGUUUCCCUCUUUUUCUCUCCUCCCAUUCGUCCCACACCCUCUUGCCUCGCUGCUCCCCCGAUCCACCCCCCCGCUUCCUCCGCUUCCUCCCCGCUUCUACUCCCUUCCGCAAGCAGCCUCCAAGAAGCGCAGAGCCCCCUUCCCGCCCCCCCAGUCCAUUCCGCAAGCCGACGUCGACCGCCUCUUGCAAUGGCUCUCCGCGCCCCCCAUGGGCAGCAGCGCCGCUUCCGCCUCCGCCAACUCCGCUAAUUCCGCCUAUGUCGCCGGUUCCGCGGGUUCCGCCGCCGGUUUCAGCACGCUGACAAGUUUAAACGGGAAUCUGGGGAGUGGGAGUAGCGGGGAUGAUAAUAUCGAGGAUUUCGAGAAGGAGGAGGAUGAGGAGAUACGGAGAUCGUGGAUGGAGUGGCCAGGAUCGCAACCCAGCAAGAACAACGUCAGCAGUGCCACGUCAGCUGCCGACAUAAGGAGACAGCUACUAGGCACGUCGUGCGACUACCGGCAAGGCAAGUGGGCGUACGUGAAGGGGUAUAAGCCCGCGUAUAGCGGCGACUGCAAGUACAUCCGCUCGGGCUUUAACUGCCAGCGCAACGGGCGCAAGAACAUGAACUUUAUGAGCUAUCGCUGGAAGCCCGCCAGCUGCGCACUCCCGCGCUUCUCGGCCACCACGUUUCUGUCGCUGCUGAAAAACAAGAUCAUCGCGUUCAUAGGCGACUCGAUCUCGCGCAACUUCCAGCAGUCCAUCUCGUGCCUGAUCGCAGCGCAAGUCGCGGUGGAGGACUGGACGGGCCACCUGGGCCCGGACUCGGUGAUCGGGCUUAAGAUCCCCUCGCACAACGUGCGCAUCCUCGCCUUCAUGACGCCCUUCCUCGUGCGCUACACCAACGAGCCCUGGGCCUUCGAGCUCUACGGGCUCAAACCCCCUACAAAUCAGCUGAUCAAGGGCGGGAAUGGCGCCGGGCAGUCGUAUGUGAUCUGGACGGACGUUCUGGAUUCGGCGUGGACGGUGCUGUUUCGGCAGCUGGAUGUGGUGGUGUUCAUGUCGGGGCAUUGGUUUCUCCAGGCGCAGGGGAACACGGAUGUGCGCGCGCUGCAGUUUGUGACGAACAACAAGCCCGUGAAUCUCAACGGCCAGGAUGCGUACCGCGCUGUCAUCAACAGGGUGAAGAAGUUUCUGAAUGUAGAGGCAAAGUUCAAGGGUAUACCCAUGUGGCUCACCUACAGUCCGUCCCACUACCGCUCCUCCACCUACCCCCCUUCCUGCCCGGACUCCAAGCCACUCUCUUCCGUCUCCCUAGACCAAGCAGCCACCCAAUUCCGCAGCAUAGAGCUGGAAAUGCUUCAAAAGACGCGGUUCAGCGUGCUCGACUUGACGUCCAUGUCGGGGUAUAGGCCGGACGGGCACGUGCAGAUGUACUAUGGGCCGGUGAAGAACAGUAAGACCAAGUGGGACUGCUUGCACUGGUGCCUGCCAGGUGUUCCGGACGCUUGGAGCGAUGUGCUGCAGCUGGUGCUGCAGUCACGGCUGAAGUGA